AUGAGCUGCACCACCAUAAUUUUCCAAAUUUACUUGUUCGAUGACCUUUUACUAAUUUCUUCUGAUUUUUUGUUUAGAUCAAGGUCACGCUCGAGGAGCUGUUCCCCACGACGUGUUAAAGUUAGCUCUCGUCGUGUUGUUAUCGCGAACAUCCCAUACCACGUAACAUGGAACAAGUUGAAACAGAUUUUUCGCGAUCAGCUCGGUUUCACUGGCUAUCUGCGUUUAAUGAAGACAAAUGGUCGUCCCAACGGCAUGGGGUUGAUGGAAUUUAAGUCAGUCGACGGCGCAGAAAAAGCUAUCGAAAAAAUGCACAGAUUCGAGAUUGGUGACCGACGCAUCAUCGUUAGGGAAGAGACCUUGAGGGACCAAGAACGAAUGGCUACGAUGGAGUUUGAUGGACCCUCGAACCAAGGCAUGGACGGUGGUGGAAUGGCCCCGCCAGCGUCCAGUCCUGGAAUUCCUCCACAGGCCCGUAACAGUAGUGCAAACCCCGUUCCGGCUAUCGCUAAUGUCACUCCUAACAUGCUUGAGGGCAUGGGGAUUCGGGGCCCCAUUACUGAUUCUCUCUACAUAAGCAACCUUGACUACGGAGUUGAUUGGCGGAAAAUCAAGGAUAUAUUCAAACUUGCCGGACGUGUUAUUCAUGCCUCAGUGAAGCAAGACGACGAAGGCCGUUCUCGGGGCGUCGCCGUCGUUCGCUUUGAGCAUCCAUAUGAAGCCUUACUUGCAUUGUCAAUGUUCAAUGGACAGACCAUCAAUGAUCGCCCAAUUCGUGUCAAAAUCGACCGGGACGGGACGCACGCUCCCCCUAAUCACCCCGUCUUCCCGCCAACUCCGCAAGGCGCCGCUGCCGCUGCCAGUUUCAUGGCCCACUUCAACAACGCCACAAUAAACGCGGCUGCAGCUGCCGGCAAGACCUCCAAUGGCCACCCACCCUUCGGUGUGCCUGGUGGCGGGGGCAUUUCAGGUGGUGGCGGCGGCGGAGGCGGCGGCGCGGGUGGCGGUUUCCUGCCACCCCAACAACCACCUGUCUCAUCACCUCCCGGCACAAGUCCCGCCCUCGCCGCGGCAAUGGCUGCUCUGCUCAGUAGCGCAGGCAGAGGCAUGCCCCCACAGGAGCUGCUUGGGAGUCUUUUGGGCGGUUCCGGAGUUGGCGGUGGUGCUAAUUCCAUGGGUGGUGGGGGCGGCUUCCCCGUCGGCGGUGGUGGUGCGAUGAACCCUCUGAGUCAGCUGAUGGACACGCAACUAGGUGACCAUUUUUGUGAGUGGUCUUUGCUGCAUCGCACCCAAGGGAAAACCAAAGGUGCUUUCCACGUUGUAGGCCUCCAAGGUGGCGCAGUGGGACCGGGCAGCGGGCCCGUUGGUGGCUACGGCGGUGCCCUCGGUGGCGAUCGAUCGCGGGAUGCCAACGCGACCCUGCAGCAACUCCUCAUGGCGGCUGCCGCUGGCGGAAUGUCACAGGAGCAGAUUGCUCAGGCAGUCUCAGCUCUCGGACUCAACAGGGAGGCACCCGGACUCCCUCCCUACUCAGGCAUGGGUGGGAUGAUCAACUCCCCGGUCGGUGGCAACGACCCCUACGGUGAUCGUGGCGGCAUGGGAGGUGGUGGAGGAGGUGACAUGCAGUCCCGUCGUCCACUUCACCGCCCCGACUACGACUCCAGGUCGCGUUUCCGUGACGGCAGUGGUUCCCGCGGCGGCUACCGACAGAUGAGCAGCGAUGGACGCGGAGGGCCGCGUGGUGGACCCAUGGGCAGAGGUGACUCCGACCGGAUGUACAUAAGACGGGUUCGUUUGACGCUUGUCUCCGCGAUGUCUGUCUGUGUCCGUGUGCCGCUGCACUCUCUCUCUCUCUCCCCCCAUCCCACCCCACCCUCCUGUCUUAAUCUGGAAUUCAAGUCACUCCGAGUUCCCAUGCUUGCGGACUCCUUGUGGCGCCUCGGUGUUCGUGUAUCCAUGACAGUGGACGCUGCGCUUAACAUCUCUGCACACUGUCUUCUGAUUGGUUGGUUCGGUGACCAAUCGCGUGCCUAG